AUGCUUCGUGGUGUUCUGGGGAAAACCUUUCGACUUGCUGGCUAUACUAUUCAGUAUGGCUGUAUAGCGCAUUGUGUUUUUGAAUAUGUUGGUGGUGUUGUCAUGUGUUCUGGACCAUCAAUGGAGCCUACGAUUCAAAAUGCAGAUAUUGUCUUUGCAGAAAAUCUUAGUCGACAUUUUUAUGGUAUCCAAAGAGGUGACAUUGUGAUUGCAAAAAGUCCAAGUGACCCAAAAUCAAAUAUUUGUAAAAGAGUAAUUGGUUUGGAAGGAGACAAAAUGCUCACCAGUAGUUCAUCAAGUUUCUUUAAAAGCCAUAGUUAUGUGCCAACGGGCCAUGUUUGGUUAGAAGGUGAUAAUCUACAGAAUUCUACAGAUUCUAGGUACUAUGGACCUAUUCCAUAUGGACUAAUAAGAGGACGAAUCUUCUUUAAGAUUUGGCCUCUGAAUGAUUUUGGAUUUCUUCGUGAUAGCCCUAACGGCCACAGAUUUCCUGAUGAUUAG